UUUACCUGCACACCGGUCACGUGACCAGGUUAAUUAAUCUUACAUGUAAAUGAGCUCAGGUGUGCAGCGCCACCAAGGUAAACGACAUCCGCCAAAAUGGCGAAGUUAAAAACAACAUUCAUACCUGUUUUGCUGAGUUUUCUGCUAUUAGUAAGAAAAGGCUAUGCUAUUCAGUGCUACCAGUGUGACAGUAAUGAGAACACCGACCUCUGUCCCCAGGAAACACCAUUUGACACGUCUAUCAAUGCUAUGGUAGAUUGUAAUAGUUUUGAAGCUAACACACCAGGACAGUUCUGUGUGAAGAUUUAUCAAGAAAGCCCAGGAUUCGGUGCCUGGAUCAAAGUUACACGAAGAUGUGCCUCAAGAACAGAUCAGGGUGUGGCAUGGGGGUGUAGAUGGUCCUGGGAUAAUGUGGGGGUGUUUAAGAACACUUGUUACUGUGAAAGUGAUGGUUGUAAUGGAUCAUCUGGAAUUAGAGUCAAUGUUGUUCUUGCAUCUAUUCUUGCUGCUUUUGGUGUUUUAUUGAAGCAAUUCUUGUGAUAGAUUUCUUAAUUUCUGUGUCAAACUGUUUGAAUGCUACAAGAAUAUUCCUUGCCUUUAUAUUUAGAACAAUUCAUAUAAUAUCAAUACAUUCCAUGCAAAAACAUGCAGCGAAAUGCAAAAACAUGCAGCGAAGAUGUUUCAUCAGCCUUUUAAUCAAUGUUAAGUUCUCUGCAUGGUUAUUGGCAAGUCAAGUAUUUUAUCAAGCAUGUUUUUACCAUGUUUACAUUCCAGGUAAAAUGUCAAUGUAGCUUUAUGACUUAAUUUUUUUUCAGAAUGUAGCACUCAGUUAAAUAUAUAGUGUUAAAAAGUGUAAAUAAAAAAGAUGCAAAUGUAGGGGAAUUUAAAUUACUUAUAAUACAAUAAAGUUAUUGCAAAGGUCACCAUAUUAAUAGUUAUUUGUUUAGAUUGAUUGUAAUAAUAAACACUGAAUUUUAUGUUUAUCAGCCAACUUAAUUAAGUUGAUUUCCCCCGUUAUAUAAUAUAUAUAUAUAAGUGUACACUAAUUUGAUAGAAGCAUUUAUAUGAUAUUCUGUAUGUAAAUACCUGUUGAUACAUAUGAUACAUUCAUAUGGAGAAUCAAGUAUAAAUCAGGGAGUGUAAACAUUGUGGCUUGAUAAUUAAUGUUUUUGAUUUUAAAAAUUAAUCUAGAAUUGAUCUAUGCAAGGUUUUGUUUUUGUAUGAAUGUUUUAACAAGUGUUAAAUGUAUUGUUUGGUUAUGAAUGGGAAUGAUAAUGCAUAAUUGUUGACCAAAUGAUAAUGCAUAAUUGUUGACCACAUGUCUGGAAUAAUUUCUUCCUGAAGACUUUGUUGAUAGGUUACAAUAAGUUUUUUAUUUCAUGGAAGUUGAUAAAUUCCUUUAUGAAUCAGCAUGAUAUUAUGAUAUGGUAUAUAACCUAAUAUAAAAGUAGACAAAGCCUAUGUACAGGGAAGUCAGAUAAAAAAAAAAUCAUUCAUUUAAUUUUACAUUUUUCGUUUUAAAGUUAUUCAGUAUUUCAUGCACAGCUUAUGUUUUCAAGACAGUUAUUUUUGAGCCAAAAAGUUAUUGGAAUACCCUACCUAUUAUCAUUGAGUUACAUUAAAAAUAGCAGCGUCCAACUAGAAAUGACACUGAAAAUUUCACUGAUAUACAGGUAAAGAAUAAAAAGAUCACAAACCAACACAGUUUAUCAAAACAUUGUUUCGCUUUAAGUUCUUCAGUUGAUAUGAUAAAUAACAAAGCAAAUGACCUACUGAUGGGUAUAGAAAUUUAUAUAUUUUUUAAUUGUUUUCUAUAACCGGGGAAGUCAAAAUCCAUGACUUUGACUUCCCGGUAUUAAAAAUUUAAGAAAGAAAAGAAAAACGGUAUCUAUUUCUUAAGUAUCUUGAUAUUUUGUUAACAAGAAACUUUCCGAUUAUGUGAUGAGAAAAUGCUGAGGCGAGUGUAUGUAAUGAAUGUAUGGGCAAAGAGUUGCAAGUGAAGUAAAUGGACAUAAAUGUGUUAUAUAUGUUAUAAUAUGUUUUAAUAAACAAAUUGGUUGUUCCACCAAUAUAUCAAUUACAUAUCAAAUCUGUACAUAUCUGUUACAGUAUGUAAAUAUUUUGUAUGAUGUAAAUAUAUAUAUUUUUUUUAUAAUAGUGCACAGAAUGUGUUGAACAUGAUUGUAAAUAUACAGAUAAUUAUGUAACCUUUAUAUAUAUUUCAUAUCAUUUAUACAAUUUAUGUAGAUUAAGAAUCAAUGAUUAAUUUACAAUGAAUUCCAUUUAAGACAGACCUGUGUAAAAAUUAAAUUUGAUGGCAUGACAAACCAGUAGAAAUAAUCACAUGUUUUCAACUAUCACUUGACAAUAAUUAAGAAAAUACAGAUAAACAAAAAGAUUAUUUAAAUGUUUCAAAAAGAAAAAUAUCAUUUUUUUUACAAUUUCCGAUGGAGAAAAGCCUAUAUUUUUCCUAAAAAAAUAAUAAAGUUGUAUGGAAAUAAGGACUACAAUUAAACAGAAAUUUUAAGUAAAUCAAUGUUAAUAAGAUGAAUUAUCACUUCUUAUCAGUUUUGUAGCCUUCUAUGGUUGUGAGAGCUAAGGCCUAACUUGUUCAUUCCAUAAAUUAUAUGUUAAUUAAAACUUUUCAAUAAACUUGUUCUGAAAUAUAUAUUUUUAGUAAAUUCAUGCUAUCCAAGUUGCUUAUAUUCUGCAAAGACAUUCCAUGCUUAGUCUAUAUUUCAUUCUUGUAUUAUAGCCAUUUUUAUACAUAACAAUAAACUGUAUAAAGAAA